AUGACCCACGCCCCCCUCAUCGCUGACCCCUUCUGCGCCUACAUCUCCGGCCAUCGUCUGCUUGUCGAGGUCGACAUCGUCGUGAAGGACUCGGCCUCACUUCGCGCCACCCAUGACGUCGCCGAGGAGGUGCAGAUCAAGUUUGGGUCUCUCCCAGAUGUGGAGCGUGCUAUGUGCACGUUGGCUCUGAGGCUGCCCACAAACCGGAGCAUUUCCUGA